AUAUAAACAAAUGCCUAAGUAAUUUAUUUCUUGAAUUAAGACCAAGCUAGCAUCAUCGUAAGGUGAAACAGAAAAUGGGAGUACAAGGUACUUUGGAAUACUUGUCUGAUUUACUCAGUAGCACCACAAAGAAGAAGAAAAAGAAGCAAACCCAAACUGUAGCUCUUAAAAUCAGAAUGGAUUGUGAUGGCUGUGUUCGUAAAGUUAAGCAUGUCCUUUCUGGUGUUAAAGGAGUUAAGAAAGUGGAUGUGGAUAUGAAGCAGCAGAAAGUAACAGUGAGUGGAUAUGUUGAGCCAAAGAAAGUGUUGAAAGCUGCACAAUCAACAAAGAAGAAGGUUGAACUUUGGCCUUAUGUUCCAUACACUAUGGUGGCUCAUCCAUAUGUUUCUCAAGCUUAUGAUAAAAAGGCUCCUCCUAAUAUGGUUAGAAAAGUUGGUGACACUUCCAACACAAAAGAGACCACCUUUGAUGAUAGCUAUGUUGAAAUGUUCAGUGAUGAAAAUCCAAAUGCAUGCUCUAUAAUGUAAUAAUAUAUAAUCUUAAUAUUAAAAUAUAUGUGUGUGAUUAGGCUUUGAGUGUAGAAAUUAAUUAAUGUGUAUGAAAGUUAGUUAUUAUUAUCUAAUACUAGACAAUAAUAUAUUUUUGCAUGGGUUUGUGCUGUCAUUAUGUAAAUCUUAAUUGUUGUUGGGGUAGUUGGAAGUGUAUAGUGAAUUAGUGUUGUUUAUGCAUAAUUUGUACUAUUGAACUUUUAUCCUUUGUGGGUGGCUAUAUGUACGUUUCGUGUUUGGCA